CUUUCCCUUUUGUGCAGCGGUGCAUCACCACCCUCACUUUGUUCGCAACAACCAGACCGAGAAGGACAAGAUCUAAUCCUAGGCAGUGUGAAAAUCAAAUGCGAGGGGAGGGUUGAAGAAGAGGGGAAAAAAAAGGGGGGGAUUUAGCUGAAGAAAUGAGAAAUAGGAGGAUCAAAUUCAAAAAUGAAAAUUGGGUUCAAACCCAAAACAAACCCAAUAGCCAUGCAAAGACCCAAACAUCAGGCUCACCUAGACAUGAAACGAAACCCCAAUCCAAUGCAGUCUGCGUCCAAACCCGGACACGUUCGUCUCAGAUCCAAAGCUGUAAAAUACAAACGGCGUCGUUCGGAACAAAAAAGGAAAAAAAGAAAAAAGGGGAUUCCCUCUGUCGGCCCUCUCCGCCGAAAAGAAUUUCUCGACUCAGCCGCUGCCACCGCCGCCUCGAUCCCACCUACAGAACCCACGACUGGAGAACUCGAUUCGGCAGCCACAGACUCCUUCUCGUCCCUACGCCUUGCGUUGGUCUCACGGAGAGGCCUGCAGGAAAAACUGAGGGAAGAAGACGAUCCGGAGAGAAUCAUGAAGCUGCGCAAUGGAUCCCAAUAUGAUCGUUGUAGCCGCUGGUGAAUGGAAACCUAAAGAGAACGGGUGGAGCAUCUAAAGAAGAGAGAAAAUCAGAAAAGGAGAUCCAUUGGAGAAGAAGAAGCCACACAAGCAGGGGAGGGAAUCCCGAUCGUGAGGGCCUCCUUUAGGUUCGUUGAGAACACCUGAAUUUACUACACUCGUUUGCACCUUGCAAGAAUCUGUCUGUUACAUGUCAGGUAUUCUCGCUAACUUUUUGUCGAAUUGAAACACAAAAAUAUGUUUACGUUUUCUCUUAUUGCUGAAAAUUAAGAUUAAUUGAUGAGGCCCGAUUGUUUGAUUUCCAAUGAAUGGCUGUGUUAUGU